AUGAGGAGUGUGUGGUGUUUGGUGGGCCUGACGCUGCUGGUGGCGGUGGCCCACGGACAAGACGACCGCCUGCCGGGGGAGAGCCGACCCAGUUCCCAGAGGGUCGACGUCACGGUCUACCAGGACGACGAGGGGGAGCGCAGCUUCACCUUCGAGGGCCAGACGAGCGUGACGGCACAGGUGGUGCGUGACACGGCGCAGCUGGUGCUGCACGCCGCAGUCAGCGUCUCCUCCCUCACGGUUCGGUACCAAGGCGGCGAUGUCAUCGCCUCCAGCUACGAGCAGCCUCAAGACGGCCGGGACUUCUUGGUGGUGUCGCUACAAGAACAGGAGGCAGAGGGCAGCCUUUUGGUGCUGGACAUCAUCUUCAGUGCCAACAUCGGCAACAGGGAGCCCGGCUUCUCUCGCUAUGACUAUCAAGGGCGGAACGAGCAAGCGACAGCUCCUAUAGAUGCUAGACAGUUGAUUGCGUUCCCAGUACUUGAUCUCCACUCGUACGUUGCAGAGUUCGUUGUGGCAGAGGGCAGCCUUUUGGUGCUCGACAUCGGCUUCAGUGGCAACAUCGGCAACAGGGAGCCCGGCUUCUCUCGCUAUGACUAUCAAGGGCGGGUCGGGCAAGAGGCCGUAUAUGCGACGCAGUUCAUGCCGAACUAUGCGCGGCGAGCACUGCCGUGCUACGACGAACCAGCAUUGAAGGCGCGCUACCAGCUCAACAUGCGACUGCGGCCCAAGACUUACCGGGGUUACAGGUCCAACGCACGGAGCAUUUACGAUGAUGAAUUGGACGCUCAGGGUUUCCGUGGCUACUACUUGGAACAGACGCCCCCGAUCAGCGCCUACCAGCUGUCCUGGGUACUGCACGACGUGGUUGGUAGGGUGUCGUCUGGGGACGUUAGCACUGUCGUCUGGCAAGUGACCUCCAGAAGCGACCAGAACGGUUUCGCGAGCUACAUGGGGCCUCCUUCUGUGGAAGCUAUGGAGCAGCUGCUGGGCGUGCCCCUUUCAUAUUAUGAUAUCAACAAGAUGGAUCAUAUGGCCGUACCUGGCUAUAUAGAGGAAAGCAUGAGCGGCUUGGGCAUCAUCACACUACACUACACAUCGGAGGCGACCAAGGAGCGAGUGUUGGGCGUCAUCCAACGCAAGGCGGCCCACCAGUGGUUCGGUGGCCUGCUCAGCCCCAGCUGGUGGAACGACCUCUGGCUCACCGAGGGCUUCGCCUCCUACUUCCAGUGGAUCGCCGCGGCUCUGGUGCAGCCCUCGUGGCAGCUGCGAGAGGCGUUCGUGGUGAACGCUGUGCUGCAGGCCGCCAUGCCGGCAGACGGCGCCCCCGGUAGCUACCCGCUCUCCAAGAGCCCCAACGUCUCCGCUCAGCAGGCCUUCGACGAGUACUUCUAUGAAAAAGGUGCAUCGAUUGUCUGGAUGAUGGAGAAUAUAACGGGAUCAGAACCAUUCUACAGAGCCCUCAACAAGUACCUCACACAGAAGGUGGGACCAGACUUGAAACGUGUCGUCUACUGCUAUGGUGCACAGCAAGGUGGGGAAAACGCGUACAAUUUCCUCAUGGAUCUGUACCAAACAACCGAUAUCGUCUCUGAGCUAAACGACAUCGUGCUGGGGGUCACCUGCUCACAGUUUGUGGAUGGGCUACGCCUGCUGGAGCUAACCGCCACUGGAGCCAAGGGCGGCUUCCGGAGAGAGCACCUCCAGUGGCUGCUGGAGGGACUGCUGCAGCGCCGACAUACCCUUCCAUCCGCUCUCCAGUUCCUCAGCGGCGGCACAAAUCUUCUCUCCAGGCCAGAUGAGAGGCAGGCAGCCAGGAAGUUGCUUAGGCUGGCCACACUGGAGAUGCGCAACGAGCAGAUGUUGGACAAGGUGCAGCAGGCAGCCGUCGCCCUGGAGGACGAGUCGCUGGUCACAGUCGCACAGUGGCGCCGUGACGUCAUCGCCAAUGGAGCAGCCGCACGCCGCGAUGCAGCUCGCUGGCUCAAGGGAAAACCAUGGCGCCUCUGA